CAGAAGAAGGAGAGACAGAUCUAGAACUCCAAAGGAGGAAAAUAGAUAGCUGUGUUAUCUUCCCCCCCUCUAAACUCUGGGAAACGAUGAAGAGUGCGUAACGCGCGGCGCCGUCCAAGUUUCAAGUUGGAUUUGCUUCUCAUUCACAUUCCUCCUCAACCAGAGACGUUUUGCAGGAUUAUUCCUGGCUUCCUGUCCCAAUGUUGAAGAUGACAGAGGAACACGACAAGAAACACAUGGAACCUCCUUGCAGCCCAGCGGGCACCAACAGCUCCAUGUCCCAAGAAGACGAGUCGGACUCGGAUGCCCCCUGCUCCCCUACGGGCUCCGACGGCCACGGCUCGCUGCUCGCCAGUUUGGGCAAAAAGGGGGAUAACGAAGAAGACGACAGGUUCCCCGCCUGCAUCCGCGACGCUGUCUCACAAGUUCUGAAGGGAUACGAUUGGUCGCUGGUCCCUAUGCCCGCACGGGGAAACGGCUCCCUGAAAAACAAACCUCAUGUCAAGAGACCGAUGAAUGCCUUCAUGGUUUGGGCGCAAGCUGCGCGCAGAAAGCUGGCCGACCAGUAUCCCCAUUUGCACAACGCAGAACUUAGCAAGACUCUUGGCAAACUCUGGCGCUUGUUAUCGGAGAGUGAAAAACGGCCAUUUGUUGACGAGGCCGAGCGGCUACGUGUCCAGCACAAGAAAGAUCAUCCAGACUACAAGUACCAGCCAAGGCGACGGAAGAGUGUGAAGCCCGGCCAGAACGACUCUGACUCCGGGGCUGAGAUGGGACACCAGAUGUACAAGACGGAGCCAGGACUUGGUGGUUUGGCUGGACUAGCCGACGGGCAUCAUCACCCAGACCACACAGGUCAACCGCAUGGCCCUCCCACACCCCCCACCACCCCCAAGACCGACCUGCACCACCACCACCACCACGGGGCCAAGGGAGACCUCAAGCACGAGGGGCGCCGCCUGAUGGACGGCAGCGGUGGUGUCGUCGUAGGCCAUCGGCAGAACAUCGACUUCAGCAACGUGGACAUCUCGGAGCUCAGCACCGACGUCAUCUCCAACAUGGAGGCCUUCGACGUGCACGAGUUCGACCAGUACCUGCCCCUCAACGGUCACCUGGCCUCGGCCGCCGCAGGUGGUGGUGGUGCAAACAUGCCCCCUGGUGGCGGGCCCGACGGGCACGGACACGGGCAUGGGCACGGACACGGCGGGCACGGUUCCAGUUCUGUCACGGGGGCAGCUGCCGGCGUUCCGUUCGGCUCCCCAUACGGCCACCACGCCAACCCGGCUGCCGCUGCUGCUGCCGCCUCCUGGAGCCGCAAGGCCGCACUGGGCCCGUCCGCCCCCUCCCCCUCCUCCUCCUCCAUCACAGACGGCCACCGACCGGCCCAGAUCAAGACGGAGCAGAUGAGCCCCAGCCACUACAGCGAGCCGCCGCCGCACGUCUCCCCGUCGCACCCCGACUACCCGCCGUACCCGCCCCAGCCCUGCGCCACGUCCGGCGGCGCCGCCAACGGUGGUGGUUCGGCCUCCGGCUCCUCCUCGUCCUCCGUCUCGGCGGUGGCUGCUGCGGCGGCCGCCGCCGCCGCCUCCUCGCCGUUCUCCAGUUCCCAGUGUGACUAUACGGACCUCCAGAGCUCCAGCUCCUACUAUAGCCCCUACUCUGGCUACCCCUCUGGCCUCUACCAGUACCCGUACUUCCACUCGUCGCGGAGGCCGCCUUACGGCAGCCCCAUCCUCAACAGCCUGUCGCUACAGUCCUCCCACAGCCCCACGGCCAACUGGGAGCAGCCCGUCUACACCACCCUCUCCCGGCCCUGAGAGACAGGACCCCAGCAGGCCAUACAUGGGGCCGGGACAAUGUGAUCUGAGGACCCCCACCCCACACACACACACCUUCCCCAAGUCAAUGCAUACAAUGUAAUGAGGACCCAAUUCUGGGCUUCCCCUCUCCCUGGGCCAAGGGCAA